AUGAGGAAGAAGGAUCAAAAAGCUCUAUUCUACAUCCAUCAAUGUGUGGAUGUGAAUGUGUUUGAGAAGAUCGUUGAUUCAACAACAACGACGGAUGCGUGGGAUAUACUGGUACUGAGAUCUCUUACUUCUCAGUUUGAUUAUAUUGUAGUAGAAAUUGAACGUUCUAAGGACCUUAACACCAUGAGAGUUGAAGAGCUGCAAAGUAGUCUAGAGUUUGGUCACUUCGAUGUUCGUUAUUGGUCAAGCAAGGAAAGGAAAUCAGAAGAAGCAAACAUAUCUAGAGGAGAAUCUGACGAUGAAUCGGUGUUAUUGAUAGCUUAUGAAUCUGAUGGUGGAUAUUUGGUAGACUGGUGGUAUAUGGACACUGGCUGCUCAAAUCACUUAACUGAAAACAAAAAAUGGUUGACUAAUUUUGACUCUAGAAAGAGGACAAAAAUUAUAUGUGUUAAUGAUAAGUAUAUGAAUGUUGAAGAAAUGGAAAACGUCAAGGUCAAAGUGAAGAAUGACAAAACUAUUAUGAUCAAGGAUGUUUUGUAUAUUUCUAGCAUGAAGAGUAAUUUGAUGAGUGUAGGUCAGUUAAUUCAGAAAGGUUUAUUGGUUACUAUAAAGGACAAUCUCUUGAAGUUGUAUGAUUCUGAUCAGAAGCUGAAUAUGCAGUCUUAA